AUGCAGGCAACGUUUGCACCAAUCCUCCGUGUCAAAACCGCUCUAGAAGACGAUGCAGAAAUAAGGAUGAUUUUCCUGCUGUUUUUUACAAGACGCGGAGAUCAUUAUUCACCCUUUGCCAACUGCCUCCGUCCGUUUAAAGAUACUAUGGUAGACGUGGUACUGGACUUUGGAGGCAUCUUCCUCAGCUUCGCGACAGCUGUCAUUAUGACGAACUUGGUCCAUUCAUUGGGACGAUUGUGA